AUGGCAUCGAUAAGUUUAUUGAAUCCAAAAGCCGAAUUUGCCCGUGCCGCACAAGCUUUGGCGAUCAAUAUUUCGGCCGGUAAAGGACUGCAAGAUGUCAUGAAGACCAACUUGGGCCCGAAGGGGACAAUGAAAAUGUUAGUGUCCGGAGCUGGAGAUAUUAAAAUAACCAAAGAUGGCAACGUUCUCCUGCAUGAGAUGCAAAUUCAACAUCCUACAGCCUCGAUGAUUGCCCGUGCCAGCACAGCUCAGGAUGAUAUGACUGGCGACGGAACUACGUCUACUGUUUUGCUGAUUGGCGAACUACUUAAACAGGCUGACAUUUUCUUAACCGAAGGCUUACAUCCACGUAUCCUCACCGAGGGUGUCGACAAAGCUCGCGUCAAGUCUCUAGAAAUCUUAGAUGGCAUGAAAAUCCCCAUUGAAAUCGAUGAGAAAAGCCUUUCGGACAUAGCACGAACGAGUCUCCGAACUAAAGUACAUACUGGAUUAGCAGAUCUCUUGACAAAUGUCUGUGUAAACGCCGUGUUGGCAAUUCGCCAAGAGGGCAAACAAGUUGAUUUGCAUAUGAUUGAAAUCAUGGAGAUGCAACACAAAACCGCUACUGAUACAAGUUUGAUCCGCGGUAUUGUAAUGGAUCACGGUUCACGUCAUCCUGACAUGCCUAAACGCUUGGAAAAUGCUUACAUUUUGACUUGCAAUGUCUCAAUGGAAUACGAGAAAUCAGAAGUGAAUUCAGGUUUCUUCUACAAAACUGCUGAAGAGCGGGAGAAGCUCGUAUUGGCCGAACGCGAAUUCAUUGAUUUGCGUGUGAAGAAAGUCAUCGAAUUGAAGAGGAAACUAUGCGACGGUACCGACAAAUCAUUUGUUGUUAUCAAUCAGAAGGGUAUCGACCCAACAUCUUUGGAUAUGUUGGCGAAGGAAGGCAUUAUGGCGUUGCGCAGAGCCAAGCGGAGGAAUAUGGAGCGUUUGGCGUUGGCAUGUGGCGGUAUUGCUAUGAAUUCCUUUGAUGAUUUGAAUGAAUCACAUCUUGGAUAUGCUGGACUAGUUUACGAGCAUGUUCUGGGAGAAACUAAAUAUACUUUCGUAGAGCAGUGCAAAAACCCCCAAUCAGUCACCAUUCUCAUGAAAGGACCUAAUAAGCACACAUUGGCUCAAAUCAAGGACGCCAUUCGCGAUGGACUUCGCGCAAUCAACAACGCGAUUGAGGAUAAAGCGAUUGUCCCAGGUGCUGGAGCAUUUGAAAUCCGUGCAUACAACAAACUUAUGCAGUUCAAGGAUGAAGUAAAGGGAAAAGUUCGCUUAGGCAUUCAAGCAUUCGCUGAAGCCCUUUUAGUUAUUCCAAAAACCCUGGCGGUGAAUAGUGGUUACGAUGUGCAAGACACUAUCGUGAAAUUGACGGAAGAGGACCGCUUGAAUCCGGAUCCAAUAGGAUUGGAUUUGUCAACGGGUGAACCUAUGAAACCUGUUGAUAUGGGCGUCUAUGAUAAUUAUAUCGUGAAGAAGCAAAUAUUGAAUUCCUGCUCUGUAAUUGCUAGCAACUUGCUACUAGUGGAUGAGAUUAUGCGAGCCGGAAUGACAAGUUUAAAGGGAUAAAGGACUUAAGAAUGCAAAGAACUAAUCCUAAAAUAACUUAUCACAUUUGCCUUCUUCUUUUAAUUUUACGCUAUUCUAUGUUCUCAUUUGUAACCACUUAAAUUUUAACAAUAAUAAAUAAUGUAUUUGCUAAUGAUUGAAAA